CCCAGUGACGUGCGAGUGCAUCCUCCUUUCAUUCAACUUUUAAUCUUGCGUCGCUUUGCAUCACCUAAGCAGAGACCUGGAGGACUUCAGUACCGGAGCUGUCCACUCUCCACUCACUCUCCACCCUUAGCGUCACGAUUUCACACACACACACACACACACACACACACACACACACACACACACACACACACACACACACACACACACACACACACUUUUGAGCAGAGCACUGACAUGCCGGGCUGCAGUGCAUAGUAAAAGGAAGCGACAAAGUGCAAACGGAGUGCAUUUGAGUCUCAACACAGCCAUGGGCGUUCUGAUGUCCAAGAAGCAGCAGGUGGAGAAGGUUCAGAAAUGCAGUGUGGUGGUCUCAGCAUUUCGCGAUGGUCUGAAGAACCAGCCAAGUGCCACUCAGGCUCCAAACACCUCUGACAACAAAGAUGAGGCUCAGAAUCACCCAGAGUCUGAUGAGUCUGGACGAAAAGAGGAGGACGGGAAACCCGGACCUUCCACAGCUCCAACCAAAGAGGAGAACAAAGCCAGUCAGGAGGCUUGGGGACGCUUACGGGAUGGGAAAGGAGUAGAGCCUGAGGAGUUAAAUAAAGUGCAUCAGCUCACACCGCCAGCAUUUAUAAGACCGAAGAGGCAGCCGAAUGACGAUCAGCCCAUACAGAUUGAGCUUGGUCAGAGAGAUCAGCCAGUGAAUGAUGAGAUGUGUGAGGUGUGUGAAGUGUGGACGGCGGAUGAUCUGUACCCGUGUCGGACAUGUACAAGGGUGUUUCACGAUGGUUGCCUGAAGGAGAUUGGAUACCUACGUGCUGACACUGUGCAGGAGAUGCGAGAGACGGCUCACACCACCAUGGGCUGGAGCUGCUACUACUGCGACAACGUGAACUUGAUUCUGACUGAAGAAGAGAUGUACAGCUUGAUGGAGACAUUCAAGCAGUGCAAGAUCAUCCCAGAAUCCUGCCUCGUCUCAGACGAGCUCCUUCAGUACAGACAUUUUGUAUCCAAGCAGCUGUUUGAGAAGGAUCUGACGGACGAUCAGGAGGAGGAGGUGCUGGCCCAGUUCGCUGCUCUUGACCCAGAGAAGAAGGGACAGAUAGAGUGGUCAGAUUUCCUGUAUCAUGAGUCGCUGUCAGUGCUGCAGAAAUUUCGGACAGAGAACUCCCUGGUGCGUCUGCUCACGGCUAAAGAGCGUGACCGAGCACGUGCAGUCUUCCAGAGUCUUGACCAGGAUAAAGAUGGUGUCAUAACGGCUAUAGAGAGCCGACGAGCCCAAGCCUCAUGGUUCCGUAAGCACAGCAAAGAGCCUCAGUCCUGCAGCGUCAGACUCAGGGGAUUGUGUUCUCCUAUAAUGAAUAUGGGCAUCAGCCACGUAGGCCCGAUAUCAGAGAGCAGUCCUGCCAGCUCAAGCAGUGACAGGAGCAGAGACAAGGCCAUGGAAAAGUACGACAACAGGCCGGUGACAUGGGACGCAUUCUUGCGUGAGAGCGCCAUCUACAUCCUGGCUGCUCGACCCAACAGCAGCGCCAUGCACAUCCGCCUGCCCCUGUAAUCCCACCGAACCCUGAGUGGGGUCUGCGGUAGGGUACAACAGCGUGGGAAAAGUUCUGGCACUGACCAAAAGGACACGACACUCAGAGGCUGGCUAAGCCAUCGACGCACCACCUUUCAACCAGAACACUAUUACUUCUAUUGCAGCACACUGAAAAAAAAAAAGAUUUUACUCUAAGAUUUUUUUCUGAGAUGUUUCUCUGACAUACGUCGUAACCCGAACCAUUGUGGCUGGUUGGGUGAGAAGAUUGACAGCUAUUUCUGUAUGUAAACUAUAAGGAGCACUGCCAUUUACUGUGUAUAAAAUAGCAACAAUGCACCACAGUAUUAAACCAUCAGCCUUUAAAUAUCCAGUGUUAGUCACUUGUGAUCAGAAUACAUAUGGGAUAACAAACAGUGUUUAAAGUUUUAAAGCCAUUGAUUAUCGGUGUAAUGCGUAGCACAAGCACUAACAGGAAGGAAAGCUAUCUGCAUAUAUUAUAUAAUAUAUAAAAUAUAUCAAUGUUAAUAUUAAUAUGUAUUAUAUAUGUGUAUUUAUUCCUGAACCUCACAGUUUUAAAAAUGUCCGGGUUUUAGAUGCACCAUGUUUUUUUGUUUGUUUGUUUGUUUGUUGUUUUUUUUUAAAAACAUGCUAAUAAUAGGGGUUGAAUUUGUCACUGUUCAAAAUCCCAAUCUGCAAAAAUCAAAGACUAAUUCACGGCAUGUAAUUAAAAAUUAAUUAUAGCUAAUCUUUUAAUCACUGGCUUAAAUUCUCUAGAAGAUUCCCACAGGUUUGAAUCUUUUAAUGAUUUUUUUUUAUUCCCCGGUUGAUCCCUGAUGAUAUAUAUGAUGAAUUUGACCUAAAAACUUUGAAACCCUUUCCAGAAUCUUCUUUGAAGCAAAGCAAGCUCACUACAACCAUCUAUCAGCUCUUAUAAAUAGCACUAAGUGGCUUCUACGGUGUUGUUCUUUUUGAGGGUCCAGCUCAGUGUACUUGCUUCAUGGUGAUCACUUGUUGAGUCGGUUGAAGCGGUAGAUGCAAGUGAAAGUCCAAAUUUUGCAGCAGUUACUGGAAAUAAAAGCAUGGCAUUAA